GCGCACAGUAGGCUGCUAUUAAAUGGGCGGACUUGAGUGCGCGGGCACGUCGCGGGCUCUGGUGGUUUUGUGCGGAACAUAAAAGUGCGUGAAGCACUCAAAGUCCGUCUCCAGCGCUCCCGCUGACCGGAUCGGACCGGAACCAACCGGCUCAACCUGCCGCACAGUUUGAAUGCGCCUGGCUGAUUCGGGUCUGGAGUUCCGCAGAAUCAUCCAAAGCCUCCACCUUACAGUGGACUGUGGAGAUAAUUGAUGCCUCUUGAUUCUUGUGUCAGACAUGGGGGAUUCAAUCUUCAACUGCUGUUAUGUCCCACCUCAACCUCCAGGUGAGGAAGAACCUCUCAGGCGUGCAGACAUCAUGGCAUCCAGUUCUGCCCGCAUCCCCUCAGACAAGCGCUUCAUCAUCUUCUUUGACUUUGACGAGACCAUCGUGGAUGAAACCAGUGAUGACAUGGUGGUGCAGGCCGCUCCGGGUCAUCACCUGCCCGGCUGGCUGAAGGAUACCUACCAGCCCGGCCGCUACAACGAGUACAUGCAGCGCGUUCUGGCCUACCUGGCGGAACAUGGUGUCACAGAGAGCGACUUGCGCAGCAUCAUGGAGAAGAUCCCUGCCACCCCGGGGAUGCUCACCCUCUUCCAGUUCCUCCGUGCCCGGCCUUCGCAGGACUUUGAGAUAGUCCUGGUGUCUGACGCCAACACCUUCUUCAUCGAAUCGUGGCUCAGGCGCUUUGGGUUCCGUCAGCUCUUCCACCGGAUCUUCACCAACCCGGCCACGUUUAACAAGGACGGUCGGCUCGUCAUGAGGCCUUUCCACUCCCACGACUGCCUGCGGUGCCCCGAUAACAUGUGCAAGCAGGCGAUCGUGAGGGACUACGUGGCGCGCAGGACACAGGAGCGAGGCCGACCCUACCAGAGGGUCUUCUACGUGGGUGACGGAGCCAACGACUUCUGCCCAGCUCUUUCCCUUGGGCCCCGAGACAUAGCCUUCCCACGGAGGGACUUCCCCAUGCACCGGCUGAUCACGGAGACCCACGAAGCCAUGCCUGGGGAGUUCAAAGCUGUGACAGUGCCCUGGGCCAGCGGGGAGGAUGUGGUGAAGCGGCUCAGGAAACUAGUGGCAGAGUAGGCCAAAAGGGGGUUACGACAGCCAGCAGACACGUUCAGUCAUAUUCUCAGGUGAAAUCUCUGAAAUGACUGUCCAAGGCAAUAAAACUAGAAGCCUAAAGUUAACGAAGCACAAGUUUGAAUAACCUACAUGUGCCUGGGUUCAGCUUCAAGAUCCAAAGGUCAGAAGAACCUGUCGUAGUCCGGGAAACCUCAGCCUCGUAACCCAAAGUCAAAUUCUGUCAAAUCAAGAUUCUAAUCUAGUACCAGAAAGUUUAAAGUCAAAUUAAGCCUAGAACUUGAAAGUAUUCGCGUAAUUAUCGCAUAGAUCUGUUCUGUUGUCUGCAAAUGCUGUUCUAUACGUCAAUAAAUAUUUGUACUUGCAAUACUUUAUAAUUCAAAACGUUUAAUUCAUUCCUCUGCAAUAACUUGUUUUUCUUACAAAUUGCACGUUUUGGGUAUAAACAGGCAAGUAAAUUACUACCUAUACAGUCCAUAGAAAUGUAUAAAGAAAACGUAUGUUUAAAUGAGUUCAAUGGUUAAAUAUAGGGGCUGCAUAGUGGCGCAGUGGUUAGCACUGUUGCCUCGCAGCACGAAGGUUGCAGGUUCGAAACUCGGCUGCGGCCUUUCUGCGUGGAGUUGCGUGUUCUCCCCAUGCAUGCGUGGGUUUCCUACGGGUACUCCGGUUUCCCCCACAGAUCACAACAUGCCCUAUAGGUUGUAAAUUGUAAGUCGCUUUGGAUAAAAGCGUCUGCUAAAUGAAUAAAAACAUAAAACAUAUGUUUCUAGUUUAUAUAGGAUGAUAUAGUCACAAAAUGUGUAAUAGAAACAAAGCCAGAGGCAAUGGGCAAAUCCAUGUUUACCAGUGUGUCUGUGAAAGGUUACUUUACAAACGUAUUUGUACGUAUCAAAGUGUGUUUCCUGUUUUUGAUUUGUUUUUUAUUGUGUGGGUUCGACCUACUAAUAAAAUGACACCAGCAGGAAUAAAGCCAUCAACUGAAA